AUGGUUCAACUGUUUGAUGCCUCUGGGCAGAUGAUCGAAACAGGAGGAACCUUGAGCGGCGGUGAAUUGAAUGGUACGUUGCCGAAUUGCGAACCUUCCCUAGUCAACAAUCACCAGUUGUUCCAAAUGCAGCAGUAUUUGUCAGAAGCGCUCUACAGGAAGGACUACCGAGGCUAUGCUUCGGAAGCGGCUUGGAAAGCCCUUGUCAACGAGGAUAGGCUUUUGUCAAGAAUUGAAACGCUUGAGGCUCAGCUUGCUACUUUCUCGAAAAACGCUACUCCAGACAAGCUUAGGGAGGAUAUUCUGGCUCUGAUUGACGAUAAAGCAAAAUUUGAGGUUGCGUCAAAGGAGCAUCUGAGAAGAGCGCAAGAAGAGCGUGCCGAGUCAGCGCUGAGGUUAGCCGACAUUGAUCGAAGCUUAGUAUCCACUGAAGAAGAAUGCAAUCGAUUACGUUCGCGGAUACAAACGUUGGAAGCAAAACUAAGUGAGA